AGAAAAUUUCUAUUUAAAUCUUAUCUUUUAUCUUAUCUUUUUAUUAAUGGAUAAUGAAGUACUUGAUGAAAGUGAAAAAGCACGUUUGCGCCGUAAAGUUAGAAAAGAAAGGAUUCUAGGACAUGAAUCAGAGCGUUUAUCAAAGAUUGCUAGAGUUUUAUAUCCGGAAUCAUCUUUUGAGGAGAAAAAAACAUUAAAUUUGAGUGAAAUAUCAUCUAAAACAAAGGAAUCUAAUGAAACGAAUUCUUUUGCUUUUGAAGCAUUAAAUGACCAGAGAAAAUCAACAUAUCCUACAGAAAAUUCAUCAUUUGGAUUAGAUUCACAAGAAUCAUUAGAUUUUCUUAAUGAAAAAAACAAUUUAUUUGAAAACUAUCAGGAUAAAAUUAUAUCCAAUUCAAUUUCUUUUCUAAAGGAUAUAUUUUUUAAUGAAGCAUCUACAGCUCAAUCUAGAGAGCCGGAUCCUUUAGUAUAUCCUAUUACAUCAAGUUCUAGUGAAAAAUGGAGACAAUGGAUCCAUUUUGUUUCUACUAUGGCACUUUUACUUAAAGUUGUAUUAGGACAUACAAAAUUUUUGGGUACGAAUCAGGAUCGUCUUACUUAUUCUAUGGAGCAGCCAAUUUUUUACUAUUUCAUGAUGAUCCAAUGGAUUUUACAUUCUAUUUGGCUUCUACUUCAAACGACCUAUUCUCACCCUACUAACUGGUUUUUUCUAGAUCCUUAUCUUUCUCCUUCUUUAAAAUCAUAUUUAACUAUUCUUUCUCGCUUCUACUUGGUCUACAAAACAUGCAUACGCGAUAUUUGUCUUAUUGUAUUCGUUCUUGGCUCUGUUGCUGCCUGGAAUCAAUUAUUUUCCCAUUCUUGACCAAAUAUAUUUUUUUUCAAAAUUAUACACAAAUCUCUUUUAUUUU